AUGGGCUAUGACGUCAUGUUCGUGCCACGCAUGGUGAUAAAGUCUCAGGCCCUGGCUGACUUCAUUGCCGAGUGGACGGAAAUCCAAGCUCCGAGCCCAGAAAUCUCUCACGAGUACUGGACUCUCUACUUCGACGGGUCGGUCAUGGGACCCGGCGCGGGGGGCGGGGUCAUCCUGAUCUCCCCAGAAGGAGGCAAGUUCCAGUAUGCAGUCUGCCUCCACUUCCCCGCAUCCAACAAUGUUGCAGAGUAUGAGGCGCUCAUUAGCGGCCUCCGCAUAGCCAUCGACAUCGGGGCAACCCGCCUGUACAUCUAUGGCGACUCCAAGCUGGUAAUCGACCAGGUCAUGAAGAACUCCAAUUGUGAAAGCCCUCUCAUGGAUGCAUACUGCCAGGAAGUCCGCAAGCUAGAAGGAAGAUUUUGGGGUCUGGAGCUCCACCACAUCCCACAGAAGCAAAACCCCGAUGCGGAUGCUCUCACAAAGAUGGCUGCCGAGCGCAAGCCGGCGCCCAACGGUAUUUUUGUCAACGACCUUAACACGCCGUCAGCGCGAUAG